AUGAGCAAGCGUCCGUACGAGGAGUCAUUGUUCCACGGUGGCUCACCACCAGAGUCUAUCGAUAACAGUCACAAUGGCCUGUUGCCCAUCAAUGAUCUCCUGUCACCAGAACCACCCCAAUCUAUAAGCGGGUCCGUCAAGAAGCCUAGGAACUUUAUCGCCACUGUAGCAUGCGAGACUUGCCGCCUCAAAAAGACCAGGUGCGAUGAAUCGCGCCCAAAAUGUGGACUGUGCAAGUCGCUCGGCCUAGAAUGCGUCUACAAUGAGCGCAAGUCGUCCAAACGAGAUCAGUCGCUUAGUCUGAUCAUGAGCACCCUCCAUCGGCUGGAGACAAAGCUCGAGCACAUCUCGUCGGCUGUUCGUGAUGAUAUGCAGCCUCUCCAUCAACAGAUGCUUCAUGCCCUUGAGGGCCUGAGAGAUGCUGCUACCCCGAGACAGAGUGGCCGCGCCAGUGACAAGCAUGCGUCUUUAUCAAACUCGCAGUCGCAGCAUCUCACCCCCAAAAUGGGGGAGCCGGAUGACUUUGUGUUUGAUGAGCGGCCAAAUACGACCGACUCCAAUGGCCAUGUCUCGAUCUCUUUCAGUCAACAUGGCGUGAUCCUGUGGCCUGGGGCUCGAGAGAUCUUGCCCCGGAGACUUCUCGAAGCCCAUGAACGACUGGGGAGGAACUACGUGAUUGACCUGGAGAUGAAGCGAUCCCAUCUGCCUAUGUACACAUAUCCAUAUCCUCCGCAGGCCGGAGAGGACUGGCUGGAAGCACUGCCCCUUGCUAUGAUCAAGGGACUUUCGGACGCCUUCUUCGCUACUUUCAAUUUGUUCACGCCGAUCAUGGACAAGACCUUCUAUUUCGCCUUCACUCUUGGUGCAGCGAUUGAGAGCGGGUUCGGCUACACCAUUGAAACCUGCCUGGUUCUUAAUGUGAUGGCCUUGGGCUGUCUGGCUGUCUUGAGCCAUCAGGAAGGAAACUAUCCUCUGCCAGGCACUCGAAGCAGUCGCUUUGAACCGCCGGAGUGGAUGGGGGUCAUCCACGAAGAGCCGCCAGGCUUACGGUUCUUCAAUGAAGCCCGGAGACGGAUCGGCUUCCUGAUGUGCGACAACGACAUUCAGAGCUGUCAAUUUUACCUCUUGUCUUCCGUAUACUACAGCCAGAUCCUUCGUCCCAUGGAUUCCUGGGCCAUGGUUCACCGCGCUGCUACGUGCUGUUUGUCAAUGCUAACCAACCACGAUGUCAAUUUCGACGAGUGGGAAGGAGACAUGAAAUCACGGGUAUACUGGAACACUCUCAUGAACGAGACCAUCCUUGUACAGGAGUUGCAUCUUCCACCCAGUGGCCUUUCACGUCUGGAGGAACUCGUCCCUAUUCCUAAAUUCAUUGGCUUCGAAUCCGUCGGCUUCGUGCCAGCUCGCUUCUCUUCCUCUUCGGAAGAAAUAGACGAAUCCUUCUUCCAGUACCAUUUCCUCGCGCAGGUCGCCCACCGUAUCAUCCUCACCCGCAUCCGCCAUUCAUUAUACUUCUACUCUGAUUCAGGAACCUUCCCCCUCCCCGCCGUCAACGCCGAACUCCGCCAUCAACUCGAGCAAUGGCGCAUCAACCUCCCUCCCGCCCUGCAAUUCUCCGAUCCACUGCCCAGCACCCCGAUGGACCCCAACCCUUCUCCGGCCCCGGUCUCCCCUCUCCCCAUCGAUCCCAACCGACCCCUCUCUCCCGCCAUAGCAGUCACAGAGGCAAUGCUGCGCGGCCGCUACAUGAUCGCCAAUUUCCAUAUCGGCCGGCCGUACCUGUACAAAGCGCUCCGGAUCCCGCAACACGUAACAGACCACGAUCUUGAGCAAAUGCGCAACGGCCUCCGCCACGCAAUGGACUGGCCCCCCGUCGGGGGCAUCUUCCGCAAAAUGAAGAGCUGCAUCCCGAUCAAGUUCGCUUUCUGCUCCCAAUUCUUCGGCCAAGUCCUCCUCUUCUACUGUAUCUCCCACCACCCCGAUCCGCGCCUCCGCAAGACCCUCCCCUUCGGCUGGGAACGGUGGACCGACGAAAUGCUGCGGUUCCUGGAGGACUGCGCCCCGUUUAGUCCCGCCGUGGCGAAGGAUCUGGAACUCUUGCAAUUGUUACGAUGA